AUGGGCUUCUUCGAAAGCCUCCCUCUCCGCAAGCCUUGGCCCGCAAACUUUGCCGGCACUCCAAUCGAACCCGGGAGCGACCUUUCAUGUGUCACUUUAGGUGCCAUUUCAGGUGGCGGUUCAAGUGACGGUUUGAGUGGCGGUUCCAAUGGCAGUUCAGGAAGCAGCUCAAGUGGCAAUUUAAGAAAUGGUACCCGAAACGCCACAAGUGCUGCAGUGGACAGUGCUGCAGCAGAUAGUAUCCCAGGCGAUUCAGACUGGGUGAAGAAGCUCGGGUGCCACGGCCCUCCCUGUCCCUCCUUCGGCUCAUGCACCGCCCGCUUCCCCAACGUGCAGGCCUGCUGGAACCCCCACCUUGUGGACGAACUCGAGACUGAAAUCAGCCCCCCUAUAAACUGCCCCCUUAAAGGGGACAGCACCGUGUUCGACGAGACGUGCUCGAAGAGGAAGGAUGUCGUGCGGCACGAUGUGAGCGCGCUGCAGGUGAUGUGGCUGGAGGAUGUGUUUGUGACCGGCAACGGAGUGAAUCUCAACCGCACUCACGCGUUCGUGAGGAACGGGUGCUCUCGCUUCCCCGGAACAGCCAAGUAUGAGGCGACGCACAUGGUGUACGAGCUGCCGGCAUUGUUCAACUUAGCGCACCAACCAGGCAACAACUUCUACCACUUUCUCGUGGAGCUCGUUCCUCUCUUCCUCGUCUCCACGCCCCUCAUGUCGUCCAUGCUGCAAAACGUGCCUGUACUUGUCAGGCAAACACAGGUGCGUUGGUACGAGCAGCUGGGCGCUCCACUCAUUGGCAUCCCCACACAUCAUAGUCGCCUGCUGCCCACAUUCGCUAACGAUCUCUUUCACGCCGAUAUGGUGUACAAGCCCAUACUCCAAGACUGUGACCGCCCCAGCAGACCCCUCUGGCAGAUGCUGUGGCGCCGCCAUCUGCUCCACCCCUCCGGCAUCAUUCUCUUCAACCCCGACUGGACCUACCACAGCCACCGCCCUCUCUCCCUUGCUGAAGCGCACUCCUUCCCCCACGAUUGGGUGAUUGUGCUCACGAAGCGGCCAGAGGGGCAGCGCCGGGUGAUGGAGAAUUUCGAGGAGGUGGAGGCGGAGGCGGUGCGGCGGUUUGGGCAAGAGCGAGUGGUGGUGUUUAACGGGUCGCUGUCGAUUCUGCAAGCCCGAGCACUCCUAUCACGAGCUCGCUUCUACAUAGUUGCCCACGGAGCGGCCCUCACCAACAUAAUCUCCAUGGCUAACGCCUGUCCUCUUUCCAUCCCCCCCCCUCCCCCCGGCUUCCACCCGUCCCCCUCCUCACCCCCAGCCCGUGCACUCCUGUCACGAGCACGUCUCUACAUAGCAGCCCAUGGAGUGGCCCUCACCAACAUGAUCUUCCGCUGUAGGAGCCUCUCGUGGUGA